GCGCAGAUCCAGUCCAGUGGGAAGUUUGUCCUGGUCCCAGUCUGUAUCAAACUGGACUAAAAUUAAACAUUUUGGUCACGUCUCUGUAAAAAGAGGAAGGAGCAGCUGGUUUGUGGAUUUCUUUGCUGUUUGAAAGAUUAAAAACCGGAUGUCGGGGUGUUUUUCACAAUAAGAGCCGGUGUUUGUUUUUCGUCCUUCAGGAGCAGGAGUCAUUCUGAACUGCGCUUCAUCAGGUGGCCCACCUGAGCCGUGACCUCUGACCUCUGCAGGUGUCCCACCUGAGCCGUGACCUCUGACCUCUGCAGGUGACCCACCUGAGCCGUGACCUCUGACCUCUGCAGGUGGCCCACCUGAGCCGUGACCUCUGACCUCUGCAGGUGACCUGGGACACACCUGGAUGGCCUGUGUGCUGGGUAACAGAACCAGGCUAGUCCGCUACCUGCCUGGAAUCCAUGCGUUGGUCCGAUGUGUGACCAGAACCAUGAGUUCAGCUGCAUGCUCCGGUCCUGAUCAACACAACAUGGCUGCCAGUCCUCUUCAUGCAGAACUGGACCAGUGUGUACACCUGCCUGGUUUUAUGGGGCUGAUGGAGCGUAAGCAGACAGGAGGUGAGGAGAGGAAGAUGCUGACAGAUGUGCUGCCUCCUCCGUCCAGCAGAGGGAGACAGGACUUCCUGUUCCACUUUAAUGAAGACCCGUCUGACCCUGUGUCCUCUCAGGAGGUGUCCUCAGCUCAGCAUUACUUCAGCACCUCUGGAGUGGAGUGUGCCGUACAGUCCUGCCCACAGAUAUUAAAGAAAGAUUUCUGCUCCAUGUUUCCUGAGGCUCCGUCCUCUGACAUGAUGGUCGUCACUGUGACACAGAAGACCCAGAAUGACAUGUCCUCGUGGUCUCCUGUUGUGGAACAGGAGAGGGACCAGAUGCUGGACAAGUUUGUAGCUGGAGCUCAGGAGAUCUGUUUGUCUCUUCAGAAACAAGGGUUCUGGGCAGAUUUCAUCGACCCGUCUUCUGGACUGGCUUAUUUCGGAGCGUACACCAACAACACGCUGUUUGAGACCGAUGAGCGGUACGGUCACCUGGGCUUUCAGAUCGAGGACCUGGGCUGCUGCAGAGUGAUCCGACACUCUCUGUGGGGGACUCGGGUUUUUGUGGGGACCAUAUGUACCAACGCCCCUCCAACCAGUCUUGUGAAAAAUCUGCAAUAAAGUCCUACAGCCAGAAUAAAA